GGCGGAAGAAGGAGAAGGAGGGGAAGGAGAAGGAGAAGGAGGCGGGGUCCGAGCUAGCGAGGCAGACGGGUACGGGGGCCGCGUGGUGGACGCUCGCCUUUGCCAGGCGAGGAAGGAGGACGGGAGGUCGCCUGCCUGCCUGCCUGCGCCGGAGGGAGCCGCCGGGAGCCCAGUCGGAUGAAAGAGCGGCACGUGCCCCUGGGUUCAGCGCCAUGGAGGUCGGGUCCACUCUUCUAAUUCCAGCGAGCCCAAUGAGCUUGAGCAAAGAGACUGCCAAACGUAUUGUAUAGCAUUAGCUUUCUGACUUUAAGCGCAUUCGUCAACAGUAUUUAAUUUUUUAACGCUAUUUAUUAUAGUAUUUUCAUACCUCAUAUUUUUGUUUACACAUCGAAGUAACAAAUUGUUAAUUUGAAGCCACCGAGAUUAGUAUCAUGACUUCAAUGGGACCAACAACACCUCUGAUGGAUUUUAUAACCAGCACCGUGGGCAGCGACGCUUCGGGCCCAUUGGUGGCUUUCCUUUGGAUGCUGAUAUUAGGCUUCAUCAUUGCCUUCAUUCUGGCGUUUUCCGUGGGUGCCAAUGACGUAGCAAAUUCGUUUGGCACUGCAGUGGGCUCUGGAGUAGUGACUCUCCGGCAAGCUUGUAUCCUGGCAUCUAUCUUUGAGACGGUGGGCUCCGUUCUCCUGGGAGCCAAAGUGAGCGAGACCAUCCGGAAAGGGCUGAUUGAUGUUGAAAUGUACAACUCUACCCAAGAGCUACUCAUGGCUGGCUCCAUCAGCGCCAUGUUUGGUUCGGCUGUCUGGCAACUAGCAGCUUCUUUUUUGAAGCUUCCCAUUUCUGGUACACAUUGUAUUGUUGGGGCAACAAUUGGCUUCUCACUGGUUGCCAAAGGACAGGAAGGAGUCAAGUGGUCAGAGCUACUUAAAGUUGUUUUGUCCUGGUUCAUCUCUCCCCUUCUUUCUGGUAUCAUGUCUGCUGUCCUGUUCUUCAUUGUUCGGAUGUUCAUUCUUUCCAAGACGGAUCCUGUUCCAAAUGGAUUACGUGCCUUGCCUAUCUUCUAUGCCUGCACAAUUGGGAUCAACCUCUUCUCCAUCAUGUAUAGUGGUGCACCUUUGCUGGGCUUUGACAAACUUCCCGUCUGGGGCAUGGUCCUCAUUUCGGCGGGGAGUGCUGUUGUCUGUGCUCUCAUCGUCUGGUUCAUUGUCUGUCCAAGAAUGAAGAAGAAAAUUGAGCAAGAGAUCAAGUCCAGUCCUUCUGAGAGUCCCUUAAUGAAGAAAAAGAGCAGCCUGAAAGAACAGGAUGAAAUUAAGGCAACGUUGGAUAACAGAAUCGGUGACAACGGUGACAGGAGCCCUACAGCUGAAGUAUCUUCUGUGCCUCACAGAGCAGCUGUUGAGGAAAGAAUGGUCUCCUUCAACUUGGGGGACUUGGAGGAGAUUCCAGAGCGCGAGAGGCUUCCCAGGGUUGAGAUGAAGGAAACUAGUAUCGAUAGCGGGGCCAUGCAGCUUCCUAAUGGCAGCCUUGUUCAGUUCAGCCAUGCAGUCAGCAAUCAGGUGAGUUCCAGCGGGCAUCAUUACCACACGGUGCACAAGGAUUCGGGCCUCUAUAAGGAACUUCUUCAUAAGCUCCACCUGGCCAAAGUGGGUGACUGCAUGGGAGACUCGGGAGACAAGCCCCUGCGGCGUAACAACAGCUACACCUCCUAUACGAUGGCCAUCUGCGGCAUGCCUCUGGACGCAUUCCGUGUCAAGGAGACUGAGCCAAAAGGGGGAGAUGAGAUGGAGAAGCUGACGUGGCCGGGGGCAGAUUCCAAGAAGAGGAUCCGGAUGGACAGCUACACCAGCUAUUGCAACGCUGUAGCAGAUGCCCACCCGGCCGAUGUGGAUUUAAGGCAGGCCGAGAUGGGUGUUGGCAACAGGAAGGGCAGCAGCAGCUCGCUGGAUGAGUGGCACGACCAGGACAAGCCAGAAGUGUCACUCCUCUUCCAGUUCCUGCAGAUCCUGACAGCCUGUUUUGGAUCGUUCGCUCAUGGAGGGAAUGACGUGAGCAAUGCUAUCGGUCCUCUGGUUGCCCUGUACUUGGUCUACCAAACGGGUGACGUAUCUUCAAAGGCUGCAACUCCAAUCUGGCUAUUGCUGUAUGGCGGUGUUGGGAUCUGCACCGGCCUGUGGAUCUGGGGGAGGAGAGUCAUUCAGACCAUGGGGAAGGAUCUGACUCCCAUCACACCAUCUAGUGGCUUCAGCAUUGAACUAGCAUCUGCUUUGACUGUGGUCAUCGCCUCAAAUGUUGGCUUGCCUAUCAGCACGACUCACUGUAAAGUGGGAUCGGUGGUCUCGGUGGGCUGGCUGCGCUCCAAGAAAGCUGUGGACUGGCGCCUGUUCCGCAACAUCUUCAUGGCCUGGUUUGUCACGGUCCCCAUUUCUGGCCUCAUCAGUGCUGCCAUCAUGGCACUGCUCAAGUACCCCAUCCUAGGAGUAUGAAGCGGACGUGCCGAAAACCCCUCGGCUUUGCUGCACAAGCGCCUGUCUGCAUAUCCUUGCCAAAUGGCUUGAAACAGUGUUAGAGUGACUCCAGCAAGUACAAGAGAGGGGGCCGAGUAUCUUCUUUGUGCUGUAUUUGCUUUUAUGCAUAAUCUCUUUUCUUGGAACUAGAGAAGUCCCACUUCUCCCAGGCUGUGAAUCAUUGUGUCUACAUUUCUAUACUGUUUUGUAUUGAGCUUUAAGUUCAUAAUUAUUGUUGUCAAGGCGUAUCAUUCGUGUUCUCUGAGCUGCGCUGAAACUCAAACUUGGCAAAGCACAAGGAGUUGGAGGGAGGAACCUAGCAGAAGUAUGUGUGGAGGAGCCACUUUUAUAAAUAAAACCUUUCUAAAUAAAAAAA